AUGUCCGUAACACUCCAUACAGCCGUCGGCGACCUCAAGGUCGAGGUCUUCUGCGACACGGCGCCGGCGACGUACUACGACGGGUCGCCCUUCCACCGCGUCAUCCGCGGCUUCAUGGUCCAGACAGGCGACCCGACGGGCAGCGGCAAGGGCGGCGCGUCGAUCUGGGGCGGCGCGUUCGGCGACGAGUUCCACGCGGAGAACCGGCACGACCGGCGGGGCGUUUUGGCCAUGGCGAACAAGGGGCCGGGCACGAACCGGAGCCAGUUCUUCUUCACCUUCGACGCGCAGCCGCACUUGAACGACCGCUACACGGUCUUCGGCCGCCUCAUCGACGGCUUCGACGCCCUCGACGCGCUGGAGAAGCUGCCCGUGGGCAAGAAGAACCGGCCGACGACGGACGUGCGCAUCGAGCGCGUCACGAUCCACGCGAACCCCCUCGCGGAGCGGGACGUCGUCUUCGCGAGCCCGCCGGCCGGGGCGGGGGAGUAA